AAAAUGACUCUGAAGAUUCGAGUGACUCUGAAGAAUCUGAUACUGGAGAGGAGAGUGCAGAUUCAGAACAAAAACCUAUUCCCAGAGUUAAUACUUUGAAGAAAGAUAAAACAAAUAACAAAAUUGACAUAUUUAAGAAAGAGCAAGAUUCAAGUAGUAGCGACUCAGAUACAAGUGAGUCCGAGGAUGAAAGUUUAGUGAAAAAUUCAUCAAAAAGAAAGAUAGAUGGUUCAAUUUCUACUCCAAUUAAAAAGUCCAAGUCAGAAAAUGGCAGAAAUAAUAGGCAAGAUUUAAGCAGUAGUGACUCAAGUGAAUCUGAAGACGAUAGUGACGAGGAAGAGACCAAUCGAUUGAAGCAAAAUUCCUCAAAAGGAAAAAUGGAUGGAUCGACUUCUACUCCAAUUAAAACUUCUAAAUCAGAAAAUGGCAAAAGUAAUGGGCAAGAUUUAGGCGAUAGUGACUCAAGUGCAAGUGAAUCUGAAGACGCUAGUAGCGAAGAGGAGACCACCAAAUCGGAAAAUGGCAAAAAUAAUGGCCAAGAUUUGAACAGUAGUGACUCAAAAGAAUCUACAUCUACACCAGUUAAAAAGCCUAAGGUUAAUGACGACACGUCUUCAGGUAAUACAGUAUUUGUUGGCCGCCUCUCAUAUAAUGUUGAUGCUGAUUGGCUACACAAUGAGAUGAAAGAUGCUGGAGAAAUAGUCGAUAUACGCAUAGUUUACGAUAAAGUAACUGGAAUGUCGAAAGGGUUUGGAUAUAUAGAAUUUGCUAAUUCCGAAGCAGCAAAGAAUGCAUUAAAGUUCGAAGGGAAAGAAAUUGAUGGCAGAUCUAUUCAUUUAGAUCUUGCUAGCCCUAAAAAUGGACCACAGAGAAGCAUGAGCGAAGUCAGUGAUACCCUCUUUGUUGGCUUCCGACCGUUCCCGGUACAGAGAAUCUUAGAGGGUAAAUAG